AUGGAGGGGGAAGGCGGCGGGGGCGAGCGGCAGCCGGCCAAGAGAGCGAGAGUGCGGGGCCUGAGACGUCCCCUCCGCCAGCGCCAGCUCCAGGCCCAGCAGGGUGAUGGCUACCCGGGAGGUAAGGGCCUACGAAGCUGCCGACUCUGGCGGGCGGUGCUGGCCGAGGUGGUGGGCACCUUUGUGUUUGUUGGGGUGGUUCUGGGGGCCUCCUGCCCCAUAGGGGGGCCUCCAGCUCUGCCCCCGCCCGCCCUUCAGCCAGCCCUGGCCGCAGGACUGGCGGGGAUGGGACUGGCGCAGAGCUUUGGGGAAGUAAGUGGAGCCCAGGUCAAUCCCGCCCUGACCCUGGCCUUGGCCUUGACCCGCCGGCUGGACCCCCUGAGUGCCGCCACCUACGUCCUGGCCCAGAGUCUGGGCGCUGUCCUGGCCUCUGCUGCCUUCUACCUGGCACUGCCCCGCUCUGCCACUGCCCAGCUGGUCACCCUGGUGAGCGGUGAGGCCCAGGCCGGGCAGGCCCUGGGCAUGGAGAUCUUCUCCACCUUCCAGCUGGCUCUCACCAUCUUCGCCACAGCUGACCAGCGGCGGCGGGAGACAGGCCAACUGGGCAGCCUGGCCGUGGGCUUCUCGGUGACCGCCGGGGCCCUGGCGGCGGGACCAUUCUCUGGAGGCAGCAUGAACCCUGCCCGCUCUCUGGGGCCUGCUGUGCUGACUGGCAUCUGGGACUGCCACUGGGAGCACUGGACUGGCCUGUCCUGGUGCUCUCCAGGCCGCCUCAACCAGGAGGCCUCCUGGGUGAGGCGGUCCCAGGUCCUGACCUCCCACCCCCCGCAGGUGUACUGGCUGGGCCCGGCCUUAGGGGCCACCAUUGGCGGCCUCUGCUAUGAACUCCUCUUCUCCUCCGGGGCCUCGAGGGAGAAGCUGGUGGCCUGUGUCGCCUGCCGAGACGUGGAGAUGGUGGAAGCCGCCAGCGUGUCCUGCUCCUCCCUCUCCGCCCCUGCCUCACAGCCCGCCCUGCCCCGCCCCAAGCUCCCCACCAAGUCUGAACGCAGCUGA